AUGGAUUUGCUACCAGAAGGUAAAAAAAACAACAUACAAGUGCUGUAUGAAGAUCAGCAAAAGAUAAAUGAGUUUUCCAAGCUUAUAAUGAGAAAGGAUACUAUCAACCAAGAGUUGGCUCAUUUUAAACAAGAAAAGGGCUAUUUGGAUGAUGUUUCUUUAGAGAUCGAGCUCAUCGAUGAAGACGAGCAAAUUCAGUACAAGAUUGGGGAAGCAUUCGUGUUUUUGAAGCAGAGCGAAGUUGUAGAACAACUCGAAAAGGAUGCCGAAGUACUUGACGCAAAAAUUGACGAACUGGAAGACUCCGAAUCUGAAGUCGACUCUCGAAUAAGCGAUCUCAAGACAGUACUAUAUGCCAAAUUCGGAGAUAACAUCAACUUAGAGCGCUGA